AUGCUUGGCUCUAAACCUGUCUCCACACCAACAGAUUACACUACAAAACUUCACCAAACAGCUGGUUCACCACUCUCUGAUGUUGAUGCUUCCUCUUUUAGAAGGCUCAUUGGCAGACUCAUUUAUCUUACCAAUACUCGACCUGACAUUUCCUAUGCUGUACAACAUCUAAGUCAGUAUGUUUCACAUCCUACCACAGCACAUCAGCAAGCAGCUAAUAGAAUACUGAGGUACAUUAAAGGCUCACCUAGAGCUGGGGUUUUCUUUUCAUCAUCCAAUAUUUUACAACUUAAAGCAUUUAGUGAUUCUGAUUGGGCUGGAUGUUUAGAUACUCGAAGAUCGAUUACCGAUUUCUCUGUUUACCUUGGCUCUUCUUUGAUUUCAUAA